CGACUACGACAGGUAGACUUCUUGCGUGAGAUAUUCACGGCAAGAUUCUAGCAUCAUGCCAGCAUAUCGUCUGGAGGUUUCUUCCAGCAACAGAGCCGCGUGCAAUGGCAAACUUCCGUGCAAAGGCAACAAGAUCAUGAAGGGAGAACUUCGUUUAGGAACCUGGGUCCAGAUUCGAGACAAUGGAUCUUUCAAGUGGAGGCACUGGGGAUGUGUCACCGAGGCACAGAUUCAGAACCUACAAAAAGAUUUCCCGAACCCCGAUGACGUUGAUGGAUUUGAGGAGCUUCCGUGAGUGCAUACACGAUGCUUCGGAAGUCGGACUAAAAGCAUGACGAAUUCAGUGAACCUUACCAAGAAAAGGUCCGCACCGCAUGGCAGGAAGGACAUGUCGCAGACGAGGAUAUUCCAGAGACAGCCCGGAAACCACCUGCAGAGGGUGAUGAAGAGGGAGAGGAGAGUGAGGCCAAGCUCACACCAAAGAAGGCCAAGAGCAAAGCACCUAGAGCAAAGAAGGAGGAGGAGGACGAUGCUGAAGAGGAGGACAAGCCGAAAAAGCCCAAAGUAAAGAAGGUAAAGGCUGAAUCUGAAGAAGAGGAGGAAGAGGAAGAGGUUAAGCCCAAACCAAGGGCAAAGAAGGGCAAAG